UAACUUCCCAUAAACACAAAUACGGAAAAAGGAUCGUCUAGGGUUUCCUUCGUUCUCUCGUGCUUCCACCGCUUCCCUUUUCUCCCCGACGCCAAUUAGGGUUAGGGUUUCGUCGCGCUCUAGCCGAUCCCGGGGAUGGGCCGUCGACGGGGGGACAAAGGGAGCGCCGAGUCGGACGAGGAGGACGAUGGCGAGGCGGCGAAGGCCGUGAUCUUUAUCAGCAGCGACGACGAGGAGGCCAACGAGGACCUCAGUCUUGCCAUCGUGGCGAGGGCGAGGGAGCGCGAGGCCAACCGGAAGAGGGCGGAAGAAGGAGGCCUGCCCCCUGUAGCCGCUGCGGCGCCGGCCUUGGUGAUAGAUCUGUCCUCGUCGCCGUCUGCGGACCAGGAGCCUGCGCCUUCUGGUGGGGAGGCGGCGGUGGAGGCGUCGGCGGAAGGGGAGAAAAAGAAGAAGCGGAGAAGGAAGAAGAGGAAGAAGAACGAGGCUGAUGAGAAUGAAAGACCUCAGGUGGUUGUUCCUGCUAAAGAAGAAGAGGAACCAUUGGAGACGGCUGAUCUUGCGGUCACUGAAGUGAAUGAAACAUCUGAUAACGUGGUUCUACGAAAGCUUCUUCGUGGGCCAAGGUACUUUGAUCCUGGAGACAGCAAUUGGGAGACUUGCUUUAACUGCGGUGAGGAAGGCCAUGUGGCUGCGAACUGUAUGAUGGAGAAGCGGCAGAGGCCAUGCUUUGUCUGUGGAAUGUUUGGGCACAAUGGGAAACAGUGCACGCAGGCACAAGAUUGUUUUGUUUGCAAAAGAAGAGGACAUCUUGCAAAAGACUGCCCUGAAAAGCACAAGAGGAUUGCUCAGGAAUCUAAAAUUUGUCUGCGAUGUGGAGAUGUUGGACAUGACAUGUUAUUGUGUAGGAAUGAGUAUCCACCUGAUGAUCUGAAGGAAAUACAGUGUUACAUUUGCAAAAAGUAUGGUCAUCUCUGCUGUGCCGACUUUACAGAUAUUGGUCCAAGAGAAGUUUCUUGUUACAAUUGUGCCCAGCUGGGCCAUACUGGUUUGGGAUGUGCAAAGCCACGUGGUGAAACAGGUGCUGCUGCAUCACCAACUUUAUGCUACAAAUGUGGUGAAGAAGGGCAUUUUGCACGGGGUUGCACAAAAAUUUCUAUGUCUGCCAGAAGGAUGGGUGAAUCAACUCCUACUCGGAAAUUUGCUAAGGAAAAUAAAGACUUUUUGGGGAGCAGAUCAGCGCCUCGUGAUUUUGGCAAAUCACAUAAGAAGAAAAGUUUGCUUGAUGAGGAGAGGAAGAAUAUGUCAGCUGGUAGAUCCAGGAUAAGGGGUGGUUGGAUUGUUGAUGAUCCAGGUGACCUGGCUAGGAAGAAGUUUAAAACAAAUGGUUGGGCAUCUCCCAGAACGCCAGUUAAAAGUAGUCACAAAAAUUAUCCGUUAGGUUCAGGUGGACAAUAUUCUAGCUCUCAGUCUUCUAAGAAGCGCAAGUAUUUCGUAGGAACCCCUAGUCUGCAUGUUUCAAGGGGUAACUACCAACAUGAUUUUUCGGCAUCAAGAUUUGGUAACUCACAUAGGCGUUUUGGGAGAUCAUAGCAAAGCUGGGAACUGUUUGAUGCUGAUUGCUCUUCUUCCAGCAAAGGGUAGCUGCAAAAAGAAAUAAACUCGCAAAUUCUAACAACAGCCUCUGGGGGGUGUGUCAUUCUAAUUUGUCAUGUUGCCUGCCCAUGAAAUUUAUUCCUUUAAGCAAAUCCAGGGCUCUGAACAUGUCAUAAAUCUGAUGUUGGGCAAGUGAUUUUGCAACUAUGACCUGCCCCUCAACAUUUUGCCGGGCUGUUGUGUUUGUACAUGAGACGUGUGCUUUCAUUUCAAGCAGUUGAAAUUAUUCAAAAUAGAACGAAAUUGGUGACCCUUAUCCAGUUAGUCUAACUUGUUGAACUGGUUAGCUUAUUGUGUUCCAUGUGUUAGAUAAUGGUAUACAUUGUGUUUGAAGCUCAAGAAGAAUUAUUUAGAAAACCUGGUGGAGGGUCCCUAUGUUUGGACUGCAGGAAUCCAAUGCUGAGAUAAGAGAACUGGUGAUUGGUGAAGAUGAGUGCAUUCUUGGAGAACAUGGUAUGCCUAUCUUGGAAGAUUUUAUCCAAGGUUUUUUUAGAUAGAAUGUGUUCCUCAAGGAUUUAGAUCUUCCACACUGAACAUUAUCAAAGCUGUUGCGAGUGUUAUGUGGAUGCGCAUGCUCGGGUGAACCUGUGGAAACUGACGGUCCUGUUGCCUGGUGGUGCUCCAUGAUUUUCUCAUAGGUUGGAUGACGGCAGUGUCUUAAGAAGGUCUACGAACAUCUUUGGAUUCUUGCAUCGUUCGCAGGGGAUAUCGGCACCUGGAUAACGGUAUCUUUCAAUUCAGUUAUGUGGUUAGAGUGUACUCAUGGAUUUCAAUAGACCUGAGAUUCUAGACUGAUCUCAUUUGAGUACAACCUAGUUCAUUGUUCAGAACCUAGGUACAUUUACUUUGGUAUUUGGUAGGCUGUUCUAUGCUUGUGGAGCAGGUUGCCAUCUUUGAGACAAACCAGAAAGACUAGCUGCAGACAACAUAUAAACCUGCUAAAGAAAUGUUUGGAUUACUUCUGCCAAGAGUCUUGUACAAUUUGUUGAAUGAAGUUUAGGAUUUCUGGUUGCAUUGCAUA